AUGCCGGAGAAGACAUGCAGAGAAGAGAUCCGAACCUUCGCUUCCCACUUACCGGUCGUAUGCAGCUCCUCUUUCCUUCUCUUUUGCCCUUCUCUUUCGGAGGCUAGGACCCUCAGAAAUCGCCUCUCGGGAAUAGGACGUUCCACUCCACAAGCGGACCUUUGUUCUUCGUUCUGGCACCAUCCUUCGAUACCUGUUAGGACUUUCAACCCUCAUAAUCACCCCAGAGAUAGGGAUCUCGUUUCACGAAAGGCCAAUCCUGGGAAGUCGUCUGUCGACCUAUCCCCAAGAUCAGAAGAUCCGGCCUCUCCCACGGCCCUUCUCUUCGCCUUACCCGUGCACUUAUCGACUACUGAACCUUGGCUUCCGAUCCUGGUGGAGAUAGAAUCACCAAUCUUUUGCCCAGAAAGCUGCAUUACCUUCUUUGAUUUCUUAGUCCACCAAUUGUAUCGGAUGUUGGUUGAGGAUUUCUUUAAGAAAGUGGCAUCCGUUGAUGGAAUUGUCCCGAGUUACCGUGCGGCUAGGCUAGGAACGAACCCUGCUUUCAAGUCCGAAGAAUGCCCUUCUUUUCUCGCACAAGCGGAGAAGCCAGUAGUGGAGAAGUUCCAGGAGCUCUCCCGAAUACCUAUUCGUCUUCUGUUGUGCAAGGCCGAAAGGAUCUCUUAUUUAUUUACUUAUAUUAUUCGGAAUCCUGAACCUACGCUUGUCAUCUCGUUACCUUGGACCUUCGCCCUUUCACUUGAACCUGCGCCUGAGACCCUAGCACCUACUCGGACAGGAACUCAUAAGAGACAGCUAAACUCCAUAGCAAUGUGGGGCCUGGAACUACCAGGGCUAAGGCUGCCACGGCCAACAACAACUAGAACUCCACUGCCAAAGCUGGGUCGUCAACAACAGCUGGAACGAAAAGCAAUUACUAUCAAUGUAUACGUAGUCCUAUCAAGAUUGAACAAGAGUAAGUGUAUUCAUCUACCGCGGCUGUCCAGUCACCAUAUUGAUUUGGCUAGACUCUCUAGUAAGAAACGAAGUAAGGAACUCGGCUCUUACACGGUCAAGAGAAAGUGUAUUCAUGCGCUUUCAGUCAAUCUCAAAGACUACCGUACCAGGCCAAGUCAUAUCGAUAUCAAACAAAAGCGAGGUUUCUGUGAAGUGGUGUUGUCCAAUGAAGUCCUGUCCAAGCAAGCACAGCUGCCAAACAAGAUGGGGUUUACGAAAGUGUUGUUCCAAUGCGCCCAUGCGAUCAAAGAAUUCAUUUUAGCCGGUUUCGAGCGAAGCGAUCAAGUCCAGUUCAGUGGUUUCAGAGUUGAGGAGUUGUUGCCCAAAAGCUGGGGUGUUAUCCUUGAGGUGGUAUUCUGUAGCCUUCAGUCAAGGAAUAUCUUCUAUGACCUUCCAACAGGGAGCUUAUUCCCCUUAUAUAUGCAUUUGUUUACUAGAGAAGAUUUGGACUUCUUUCUUCCUCUUCGGACGAGAAGAAAAGUUCAGAGAAGGCCGGAAAGAUGGACUUUGAUGACUCCCCUUCGGUUUCUGAAAGUGUACUUUUUCCGAGAUUUGUCGAUUAGUCCCUCAGAAAGCGGUUGA